UUCCUCUUAUCUGCACCUAUUUCAGAGUAGUGCUUGAAUAAUACUUUAAAAGUAUUAUUAUAAUACUAAUAAUAUUUUAAGAGUUGUGAGGUAAUAACCUGUGUAACAGCUUCGAUCAGGACAUUUGCUGGGGUAACUUUUAUUUCUCGCUUAUGUAUAUAUAUAUUUAAUUAUAUAAUUUUGUUUAUUUAUUGGUGCCGGUGUCGUUUUACUUUUAUUUGCCACGAUACACUUCACGCAACAUGGACGCUACAGGGAAGGACAUGUAGGACACAAUAGUGUGUGACAGGUUUUGAUGACAUUUGGGAGUGCCUUAACCUGUUUGGGUGUGAGUGAAGAUAACAAGGGAAAAGGCUGUGUGUAGCUGUCAGACACAGAUAAUGUUUAGUAACCGUCAGAAACUGAGCAGCAGCCUGACUCACAAUAGGCUUUCCUUCUCUGAAGAUGCCAGGAGCUGAAAGUGUGCCCUGUGAAUGGGGACUAACCUAUCAAGAAUAUGUGUUUAGUUAUUAGUUUAGCUAAUUGCUCAAUAACUAAGAGCCAAUGGGACAGUAAUAUGCUUUCUGCGUGGUUUUGGAUGUGCUUGUGAAGAUGAUCGUUAUUGAAAGUGAAGGGGACCAAAGCUAAAGCCUCAGUUCAGCUUCCUUCCUCUAAAUGUGUGGAGUAAUAAUGUUGCAAAUGUCGAGAUUCGCUACCAGGAAACUGUUACAGCAGUGGAAUAUCACCUGCAAAAACCCAGUAAGACUUUACCAGAUGUCUGGUCUGACUUUGAUGAGAUCCCAGAGAAAACUGGUCUGUAAAAAUGUAUUUGAAGCAUCCCUUUUUACCCACGUCCGACUUGGCGUGACUUCAGGUCCACGUUGUGUUUGGACACACUUCAGGGCCUCCACUCCAUUCGCUUUUUACAGCACGUCGACAGACUCCAGGCAAGCAGGCGAGCAUGCGGGCAGUGAAGUCAAGACCAAUGACAGACCUGGGCAGGUUUCCACAAAUGACUUCAAAAAGUUAUUGCAGCUCGCUCAUCCAGAGCGCUGGCGGCUGUCAGCUGCCGUGAGCUUCCUGGUUGUCUCCAGUGCUGUCACCAUGUCUGCUCCAUUUUUCCUGGGUAAAGUGAUCGACACUGUCUACUCAAACUCAUCUGAAGAAUUUACUUCCUCCCUCACCUCCCUGUGCAUCAUGCUGGCAGGGGUAUUCCUGUGUGGUGGUGCUGCCAACGCUGCACGUGUAUACCUUAUUCAGGUCUCAGGGCAGCAGAUUGUGAGAAACUUACGUGAAUCCCUUUUUUCCUCAAUUUUGAGGCAGGAGGUGGGAUUCUUUGAUAAGACCCGCACUGGUGAGCUCAUUAACCGCCUUUCAUCAGACACUGCUAUAGUUGGAAGUGCGCUCACUGACAACGUGUCUGAUGGUCUACGGUCAAUUGCUCAGGCUGGAGCUGGAGUCAGCAUGAUGUUCUAUGUGUCACCCAGUCUUGCCACCUUUGUCCUAAUGAUUGUACCACCUAUGGCAGGCCUGGCAGUCAUCUAUGGAAGAUAUGUGCGCUCUAUAUCUAAACAAACACAGGAUGCUCUGGCACAGGCCAUGCAGCUGGCAGAAGAGAGGAUCAGUAACUUACGGACAGUUAGGGCAUUUGGCAAAGAGCUGACAGAAGUGCAGACCUAUGCAGAAAAGGUGGAGUACGUCCUCCGACUGGCUAAAAAGGAAGCUAUGUUUACUGCUGGUUUUUUUGGAGUGACGGGCCUGAGUGGCAACAUGAUCAUCCUGAGUGUGCUGUAUAAAGGUGGGCUGCUGAUGGGUAGUGAGCACAUGACCGUAGGAGAGCUUUCCUCGUUCCUUAUGUAUGCCUUCUGGGUGGGCAUCAGCAUUGCUGGCCUGAGCUCAUUCUAUUCAGAGCUGAUGAAGGGGUUUGGAGCUGGUACACGCCUGUGGGAACUGAUGGAGCGGAAGCCUGAAUUUCCUCUCAAUGAGGGACUUGUGUUGAGACCAGAGCAGCUGAAGGGAGCUCUCGAGUUCCAUAAUGUGUCAUUCGCUUACCCGACAAGGAAGGAUGUCCUCAUUUUCCAGAACCUGAGUCUGACUGUGCCAGCUGGUUCAGUGAUGGCAGUGGUGGGGUCAAGUGGCUCUGGAAAGUCUACUCUUGUGUCCCUUCUGCUCCGUUUGUAUGACCCAGACUCAGGUAUGGUAACUAUUGAUGGCCAUGACAUCCGGAAUUUGAAUGCUUAUUGGCUGCGGAGUCGUAUUGGAACUGUCAGCCAGGAGCCAGUCCUCUUCUCCUGCUCCAUAGCUGAGAACAUUGCGUACGGAGCAUCAGAUCCCAGUCAGGUCACCACACAGGACAUCCUACGAGCAGCACAGAUAGCUAAUGCUCAUGACUUCAUUAAUGGAUUUCCCAAAGGCUUUGACACUGUUGUUGGAGAGAAAGGAGUACUACUAUCAGGUGGACAGAAACAAAGAAUUGCUAUAGCAAGGGCCCUACUAAAGAACCCCAAAAUACUGUUAUUGGACGAAGCCACAAGUGCUCUGGAUACAGAGAAUGAGUUCCUGGUGCAAGAGGCCCUGGAGCGCUUAAUGCAGGACCGCACUGUGCUCAUCAUCGCUCACCGUCUCUCCACCAUCCAGAACGCAGAUGCUGUGGCUGUGCUGGACCAGCAGCAUGUAGUGGAGUGUGGCAGUCAUGCCCAGCUUCUCACCAACCAAGACGGUCUUUUCCGCAAACUCAUGGAGAAACAGGCCUUAUUACAUGCUGAUCCGAAGCUGGCUCUCGCCAAAUAGGAGACAUUCUGACAUCUGUAGAAAUUACUAAUGAAAAUGAAAGUGUAUGCACAUGGAAGUGCAGUGUCAGAAGAAAACAGAUGUAAUUGCUGUAGUUGUACUUGAGUGCCUAUUUGCAGUACAAACUACCAGUCAAAAGUUUGUUCAUAAGAAGAUUUUCAUUCUUUUAUAAUAUUAAUGAAAAUAUUUACUCUAUUAAUGAACAAUGGAAUUAUGUAGUGAUUGAGAAAAGUGUUUAACAAAAACAAACAAUUUUAUAUAUAGAAUUCUUAACAGUAUUUCUGAUGUAGCUUUCAUGAUACAGCUUCACCCAGGAGGUGUUUCUUAAGGUUCCUGGCUGAGUGCUUGUUGGCUGCUUUCCCUAAAUCCUAAAUAGUAAUUACUUGUUUGGGAAAACAGUUUAAUCUUAAUUAAACAUACUUGUUUUAAUUAAAAACCUAUUUAAAAUAUAUUGAGUCAUUUCUUUCCCUCCCAAUUUGGUAAUUUGCCAAUUUCCUCCCACUAUGUCUUUAAAUGCCUUUAAAACAAUGAAAAAUGUGUAUUCAAUCGAAUGUGUACAAACUUUUGACUGGUAGUGCGUGUUUACUGAAAAUCUGAUGUCAACACUCAACUCCAAUGUUUAUAACAAAUGUGUAAAAACGUAACAAACACAAAUGACUAUUUAUUUAAGACACUGCCACUACAUACAGUAUGACUGGAAAUUAUUUUUUUUUUUUUGUGGUUGUUGUUUUUUUUAGAAUCACAGAUCAUGAUUCAUAUGAUCAUAUUAUUUGUUGAAUAACAGUCAUGAACUAUUUUAUACACUUUCAUACAGUAGAACUAUUCCUAGUAAUACAAUUUUCAGGAUAUUAAUCAUUCUAAUCAUACAGUAGCAUGUGAUGCAGUGUCUUCCUUGCUGGUAAAAUGCAGGUAUGCUUUAAAUUCAUAAAAUGAUUUUUGGAUCUGGAAAAAGCUCAUUAUUAUUAUUAUUAUUGUGGUUUCUGUUUAACUGUAUGUAAUGAAAUAAUUGACAGUGUUUGCCUACACUGUGUGUGUAUUUCAGUUCAUAAACAAAUCAGCUGGUCAAUCCUGUAUCAAGAACUUGCACAUUGUUUAUGUAUGUGGGGAAAUAAGUCCACUGCUCUAUAGGAGAAGGAUGCAUCCAGAACUGUUGUUUUACAGCCAUCUUUCAAACUAUUGGCCUUCAACACAGUGAACAGUCCAUAAUUGCAAACACGUUAGAAAAAACAUUAGCAUGAAUGACCACCAAAGACCAAACUAACCUGAGAGAUGAUUAUCUGUGCAACCAUUCACUGUUAAAGAGACAAGACUGCAAUCAAAAUAAAUGUUUUUUAAGUGUGAUGAAUAGAAUAUUUAUUUUUAAAAAGCUGUGGACAUAUUAAAAUGAUCAUUGUGCUAACGUCUGAAAAUUCUUUAUAUAAAUAAACUACUGAUUGAAUUAA